AUGGCUUCUGCUCAGACCAGUGUAGAUCCGGACUCGUUGAGUCAGGAGGGAGAGUUUUUGAGCAGUUCUACCAAGUAUGAGAACAAGGAGGAAUGGGUGGAUGUAAAACCAAUUUACAACUCAAUUGCCGAAGAUGCCGUUGUACGAAUAAGCCACACGCCAGAAUGUAAGUGUUUCUUUCCUGUUUAUUUUAUUUUUUGGUUGCUUUCAGAUGCUUUGACUGUAUAUUUUGUAUUAAUUUAGUUAUCGAUGCAUUUGCCUACUUCCGGGCGGUUCUACACAAAAAUGAGAUGAGCGAACGGGCAUUCGAGCUGACCACGACUUGUUCGCAGUUAAACCCAGCUAAUUACUCUGUUUGGUACGGUUUUUUAUCGGUUUCUUGACUUUUAGAGCAAUUAUAUUGUAAACGACCAUCUGAACGGAAAAUUAAACGAUUUGUGUGAGAUAGUUAUGGUUUUGAUUGUAGGCAGUUCCGUCGUAACCUUCUCAAAGCCCUGAACAAAGAUUUGAUUGCGGAGCUCAAGUUUUGCGAAGAAAUGGCAUGUGAACAUCCCAAGAAUUACCAAGUUUGGUAUGUGUUACAAUUUCUCUGUGUUCUUUUUGUUUAGAUGUGUAACCGGCUUAAUCAUGGUUUAUUGCGAUAAAUGUGAUAUGUUCUAGGCAUCAUCGUCGAGUUCUUGUCGAAUGGGUGAACGAUCCGACGAAAGAAUUGGACUUUACCGACUUUAUCCUCGCCGGAGACAACAAAAACUAUCAUGCGUGGCAGCAUCGGCAGUGGGUGGUCGAAAAAUUCAAUCUGUUUGACAAGCGAGAGCUGGAUUAUAGUCAGAAGUUGUUGGAGGAAGAUUUGAGGAAUAACUCGGCGUGGAACUACAGGUUCUUCAUUUUGAACGCCUUGAGUAGUCAAAUGACGGAUAAAGAGAUGCUGGAGAACGAACUGGACUUUGUGACGGAGAUUAUUAAGGAAGCGAGCUCGAACGAGAGUGCUUGGACUUAUUUUGUUGGGUAAGAAGCAGUAUGAAGGGAGUUUUUGGGCAUCCGGGAUAUUAUUCGUAGUGAAGAGGUGUCUUUGUGUAAAAUACGGUUAUUUUUUGAUGUUUGUGUGUCGCAACGAGUGGAGCUUGGUGUUUUUAGAAUUCUUGGUUUUUUAUAAUGACAGUAGCAGGCUAAUGUUCGUAGAGAAUUCCCGUAUUUUUGGUUUAAAACCUUUUUUUUACAAGGAAAGUACUUCUAUAGUGUAUGGAGUUACAGGUCGAGAUAUAUCAAAAACAUUGCAAAAUUUUUCUGAUUUGGAAUAUGUAAAGGCUAGCUGCCUGAUUUUGGUUUGUCAGGGUGAAAAAAUCUUCAGAACUUUUCUCGCAACACCACACAAAUGACCCUUUUUUAUAUUGGAACUACUAAAUAAUUAAGGUGUAGAAUUGAUCAAGUUUGAUAUUUUAAGGCUUGUCAAAGAUGUCAGGGUUUACUGUAGCUCAAAACGAAGCUUUUGAUUUGGUAAAAACUUUGUCAAAAAGGCAUUUGCGUGGUGUUGCGAGAAAAGUUCAGAUGAUUUUUUCACCCUUACAAACCAAAAUUAGGCAGCUUUAACUUUUACAUAUUCUGAAAAAAAAAAAUUUUGCGAUUUUUUUAUCUAUUUCUUGACCUGUAACUCCAUACCGUAUAGAAGUACUUUCCUUGUAAAAAAGGGUUUCAAACCAAAAAUACGGGAAUUCUCUACGAACAUUAACCUGCUACUGUCAUUAUAAAAAACCAAGGAUUCUAAAAACACCAAGCUCUACAUGUUGCGACACACAAACAUCAAAAAAAUCGGUAUUUGCUCCGUAUGACUAGAAGAAAUUAUCUUUUUUUACCAUUUUUCUUUCAGAAUACUUGGUUCCACGGGUAUUUCCGGUAAUCCACGAGCCCUGGAGUUCUGCAAACAGCUUCAUUCCAACCCCGAACACAGGUCCCCACAUCUCCGUUACAUUUUAUUCGAUUAUCAUUUCAAUCUCGCCGAGCAGGGCAUCGACCCAGAGCAGAACAUCCUCGAAGCCGCCCGACUCCUCGAAGAACUCGAAUCCAUCGACCAAGUACGACACAAGUACAUUGGGUACCUGAAAAACCGCUUACAAUGCCUACGGGGGAAAUGAAUUUUUAGUGAAUUUUUAUCAAUUAAAACAGUGUAUUUGUGAUUGCCGUAACAUUACUUGCAUGUAAUUGUGCUCUUACUGCUCUCUUUUUAUCUUAUGACCUUAAUUUCGCGGUUUUCGUGAUUAAUAAAACAUGGAAAACAUAAUGUUUGUUGUUUUGAAGGUAGUGUAAAUCGCUGGACACGACUUGUAUUUGAAGGGGAAGGCGUGGUAUGAUGGAUAGUAGAGGGAAUAGAGAUUUUAAUCAUAUUUUAUGCUGAUUUUUUUGGAAAAGUUUGAGAUUUUGGGAGAUUUUUUUUUUAAAUUUGAUAUAUUAGAGGUAAAAUAUGGAUAUAAUAAGCAGUGAUUUAUUUUUUCAAAGCUCAGUUUUAGAUGCCGGCCACCACAAUCUUCUCGGAUCUCCACGAACAGGACUCGCAUAAAACAAUUUUGGUGGUGGAUCGCGGCCCAAAAUUCGCCGCACUAUGUGCUGAGGUAAGGAGAACAAUUUUUUUUAUUCAUCUUCAACCUCAUGCAGGUCAAAAUCCCCUCCACAACGAACAAUCUGAGCCAGACCCGAUGGUCUUGCGCCAUCCAGGCGGUCAUCGAAUUCCAUCGGGUUCUGUCGGACCUUUACCCGAACUCCAGCAAACUCCUGCGGGUCGUGAUUUCGGACACGGGCGGCCGAUUCACGACUCCGCCGUGGGCCGAGACCAUCGCGGACUACCGUCAAGUACUUCAUUCGUUCAUCGGAAGCAAGCCCGACCCAACGGCCGACCCGUCCGCGUCGAGUAUAACGAAUGGUCUAGUGAUGUGCAUGGACGCCUUGGCCGAGCCCACACCCCUGCAGAAACAGGCUCAAGCCCAUCUGGACACGAUUACGAAUGAUCCCAGCACGUUUCAAGUCAAGGAUUUGCCGUAAGUUGACGAUUUUGCAGCGGUUUUUAUUAUGCAUUGGACAAAAGUGGAGGAAAUUUUGACGAGGAAAGUACUUCUAUGGGGUAUGGAGUUACAGGGCGAGAUAUAUAUCAAAAAUUCCCAAAAUUUUUCUGAUUCAGAAUAUAUAAAAUUUAGCUGUCUAAUUUUGGUCUGUAAGGGUGAAAAAAACCCUCAGAACUUUUCUCGGAACGCCACAUAAAUGCCUCUUUUUUAUACUGGAACUACUAGUUAAGGUGUAGUAUUAAACAAAUUUGAUAUUUUAAGGAUAUUUUAAGGCUUGUCAAAGAUGCCAGGGUUCAUUUUAGCUCAAAAUAAAGCUUUUGAUUUUGUAAAAACUUGGUCAAAAAGGCAUUUGCAUGGUGUUGUGAGAAAAGUUCUGAGGAUUUUUUCACCCGUACAUACCAAAAUUAGGCAGCUAACUUUUAUAUAUUCUGAAUCAGAAAAAUUUUGCGAUUUUUUUGAUGUAUUUCUUGACCUGUAACUCCAUACCCCAUAGAAGUACUUUCCUUGUGAAAAUUUCCUCCACUUUUGCCCAAUUAAUGAGUGGUUGCAAAGCAAAGAGGAAGCGGAUAGUAAUGGUGCAUAUCUUCUAGGAUACCGCUGCCACCGAAUGCUUCAGAGGCGGUCAAAGCUUCCUACGAACGAUUGCAGAAAUUCCGAAUUCAUAUCCAGAAAAAGACCUUCACUCGACGAAAAUUUGUGAGGAACUCCGGAACUGUCAUCGCUUUUACUACGAUUACUGCGUAAGUGACGAGUUGUAGACUUUAUUGUGAGAGGCUUUGCGGCUAAUUUGUUUUUUUUUUUUUGAAAUUUCCAUUUUUUCUUUUCAGCUUUGAUGAAUUCAAAAAAGUUGUGGAGAAUAUGGAAGAACAAGUGGAAUCUCGCAACGAGCUGUUCAAAAAUAGUUGUGCAGAGUAAGCUGUUAUCUUUGCAAGGCGUUUCGGCACCAGAAAAAUCAAAAAAAAAAAUGCAAAUUUUCAAAAAUUUUUUGGACUAGGGCUCGAGACUUCGCAGCCUGCGGCUGCUCACGUCUCUCGGGCAGCUAUGCGGAUAAAGGCAACUUUGCGCGCGAUUUGGACCUGUUCAACGUCGAAAACCAACGUAAAGUCGCCUAUGUGGAAAAAACGCUCGCCAAAGCUUUGCCGACGGCCUCCGGCCGCGGCAGAAAAACGCUACGCGUUAGACUGAGCCUAGUAGAAACUUGUGUCGUUCGGAACGCUAAGCCGACUUUGUUUUAGAUCGAGAAUUUACCCUAAUCGCUAAGCUCAGGUCAGUCCCAGAUCGCUCAGCCCGGUUAAAGCGCCCGCCGGCAUGAGGCGACGGCCUACGGCCGCCGCGAGACUAUGUUUUGUUACCUAAAAUAAUUUUCUUCCACCAGAAGUUGAUCAGAAAUACUUUCAGCAAAGAAAAAUCGACUAAAAAACUCGAAAAAUUAGACUCAGCACUCAAAAUUAUCUAAAACCAAUAUUUUUCCCAAAAUCCCCGUCAAAUUUGGCCCUAAAACGGCCAAAUCCCGAGAAUCCAGGACCAAAAAAAUAAUUUUACAAAAAUUCUCAAAAAAAAUCCAGAAAUUCCCGUCAUUACGCGUCACGAUGACAGUUUCCGUACCACCCUCCUCACACUCAGCACUCUCUCCGUCUUAUCUCUGACCGGAAUCGAAAGAGAAAACCUUUGUCUAACCACCCUCCACCCCUUUCCCACUCUCUCUUUUCUCCCGCCAAACGAAGAAGGAAGCGGUUCUCUGCCCGCUCUCUCUCUUCGCCGCGCUCUUUUUUUGUGUUUUCGCCCAUGGAAGUGGGCGUUUUUUCAAAACUGGCACUUGUUGCACUAAAAGUACCGGGAAAAAAGAUACGACUACAUCCAAAAUGACAUGGAGAUUCCGAAUAUGCAACCUUUAGACCGAUUGUAGUUAGAAAUUUUCAAGUUUUGACGGUUUUAAAAAUUUUAAAUUUUUUGGUGUCAAAACUCGCCGAAAGAUUCUGCCAUGGGGAUUACAUCGACAGGUGUAAUUCAACCGGCAUCGUCAACCCAGCAAAAUUCCUGAGGGGAUGUUAGAGCCGGAUUUUUGAAUUUCGACCUUGUUCCCGAAAUAAUUGCACUUUCGUACAAUAAAGUAAAAUCCAAAAAUUCUGAAAUUCGAAUACUGCCUUUUGACCUUGUCCGUAUUUUAGGAAUCGAUACCUGUUUCUAUAGCAGUUCAACGUGCUGAAUACGAUGGAGGUAUAUAAAAUCCGAAAAAAUUCCGUUUCAAGCCCUCAGGGCCGAAUUUUGGCCGAAAUUUCGAAAUUUUUUUUCGGCCGCACGGUGCGCACGGAAUAUUGCAGGUAGAAAGCUGAAACUUGGCACGAUGGUAGUUCAUUUUGUGUCCUAUAGCACCCAUAUGAUCAAUUUGUUCAAGUCCGCUAAUUGCCCUAAGGGCGAUUUUUUUCGCACGGUGCACCAAAAAUUGACCGAAAUUUCCGGCGGCUCUGACGGCCGUAAUUUUAAAGAUACGAGGAAGAUGUAAGCGGGUAAUUUGUAGAGCUCUUCGAGGUCUACAAUCUAUUGUUGGACAUUUUUGACAUUGUUGUUGUACAUCAGGUAGAAAAUUUUGAAAAAGUCAAAAUUUUUAAAAUUUCGAAAAAUUGCGUUUUCAAGUAUGUAGAUUUUCUGAAACGAUGGCCAUGUAGAAUGUUCUGAAAAAAUUUAGGGACAAUCUUAGAGCAAAAAAACUAAGAUCAGCGAGCCGUUUUUUCGAAUUUCGACCUGGGAGCCAAGAACGAUUUUUUUGAAAUUUGCACUGUGCAAAUCGUAUUUUUUACAGUAAGCCAUAGCUAAAAUACGAAGUGCACCACAAAAAAAAGAGACACGACCUAAUAGGAAGUCGGGUACGUAGAAUUCAAAGGAAUCAAAAAAAUCCAGAAAAUCCGUCAUCAUGACGGGGUUUUCUGGAAGUGUAACUUUGUACAUGGUCGUAUCUACACAUACAUCGAGUUAUCUCUUAGUUAUGAAUUUGCUUUCCCGAUAUGGACCUGUAGAAGCUUGCAUUUCAAUAUUCCCCGGUCUAAUUAAAAGAUACGAAAAAAGGUCUUUUUUUGAGAUUUUUUUCGUAAAUUUUGAAAUUUCGAAAAAAUCUCGAAAGUGAUUGUCCCAUUAUGUACCAUACGCGACGAAACCAAAAAUCAAGUCGAUAGCUGUAAAACGGAGCGAGAUACAGAGACUCAAAGUUUCGACUUUUCAUGACGUCAUAGGCCACUCAAAAUUGAAAAUUUUGAAAAUUUUUUUCAAAUACUCAAAGACAGCAUCUAAAAGAACCCCCAUGCCAAAAAUCAAGUCAAUCGGAGCAAAACAAAAAACCAAGGACAAACCCUACGAAUAGAUAUAUUUUAGACUAGGGCUCGAGACUUCGCAGCCUGCGGCUGCUCACGUCUCGAGGGCAGCCCUGCGGAUAAGAGCAACUUUGCGCCCGGUUUCGCUGCUUUGCGCGCGAUUUGGACCUGGUCAACGUCGAAAACAGCACAAACGCUCGCCAAAGCUUUGCCGACGGCCUCCGGCCGCGGCAGAAAAACGCUACGCGUUAGACUGAGCCUAGUAGAGAGAUCGCUAAGAACUUUCUCUAAUCGCUAAGCUCAGGUCAGUCCCAGAUCGCUAAGCCGGGUUAAAGAGCCCGCCGGCAUGAGGCGACGGCCUACGGCCGCCGCGAGACUACAUUUUGUUACCUAAAAUAAUUUUUCUUCCACCAAAAGUUGAUCAGAAACACUUCCAUUGACCAAAAUCAACAAAAAAAAAUAAAAAAAAUGGACUCGGCACUCAAAGUUACCCUAAGACAAUAUUUUUCCCGAAUUCCCCAUAAAAUUUGGCCCCAAAACGGCCAAAUCCCGAGAAUCCAGGCCCAAAAAAAUAAUUUUACAAAAAUUUCUCGAAAAAAUCCAGAAAACCCCGUCAUGACGCGUCACGAUGACCGUUUCCCACCACCCUCCUUACACUCAGCACUCUCUCCGUCUUAUCUCUGACCGGAAUCGAAAGAGAAAACCUUUGUCUAACCACCCUCCUCCUCUUUCCCGCUCUCUCUUUUCUCCCGCCAAACGAAGAGGGAAGCGGUUCUCUGCCCGCUCUCUCUCUUCGCCGCGCUCUUUUUUUUGUGUUUUCGUCCGUGGAAGUGGGCGUUUUUUCAAAACUGGCACUUGUUGCACUAAAAGUGCCGGGGAAAAAGAUACGACUAUGUCCGAAAUGUCAUGGAGCUUCUGAAUAUGUAACUUUUAGACGAAUUUUAGUUGGAAAUUUUGGAGAUUUGACGGUUUUAAAAAUUUUGAAUUUUUUGAGACCGCCGCUUCAAACACGAUAUCUGAUCAUAUCUUUGAAUGUCAUAUACGAAAUUCCGGCUACGGAAUGAUAAUUCAAUUAUCUAGUGCGUCCCAGGCGGGAUUUUUGAAUUUCGGCCUUGUUCCCGAGCUAUAGUAACUUUCGUCAAGGUAAGCAAAAUCCAAAAAUUCCGAAAUUCGAAUACUGAAUUUUCACCUUGUCCGUAUUUUAAGAACCGAUACAUGUUUCUAUAGCAGUUCAACGUGGUGAAUACGAUGGACGAAAUUAAAAUCUGAAAAAAUUCGAUUCCAAACCCUCAGGGCCGGAAUUCGGCCAAAAUUUCGAAAUUUUUCUUCGGAGACACAGUGCGCACGGAAAAUUGAAGAUAGAGAGCUGAAACUUGGCACGAUGGUAGUUCAUUUUGUGUCCUAUAGCACCCAUAUGAUCAAUUUGUUCAACUCCGCUAAUUGCCCUGAGGGCAAGUUUUUUCGCACGGUGCACCAAAAAUCGACCGAAAUUUCCGUCCGCUCUGGCGGCCGUAAUUCGAGAGAUACGAACGUGAUGUAAGCGGGUAAAUUGUAGAGCUCGUCGAGCUCUACAAUCUAUUGUUGGACACUUUUGAAGUUGUUGUUGCGGAACAUGACGAAAAAUUUGAUUUUCUGAAAAUUUCAAAAAUUUGAAAAAAAUGCGAUUUUCAAUAUAGAACUGGUUCUGGGAGACGACGAUGACUACAGGUCCAAAAACAAUUGAGGACAAUCUUCGGGCAAAAAAAUUAAGAUUUGCGAGUGAUUUUUUUGAAUUUCGACCUGAGGGCCGAGAAUGAAUCUUUUGAAAUUUGCACUGUGCAAAUCGUAUUUUUUACAGUAAGCCAUGGCUAAAAUACGAAGUGCACUACAAAAAAGAAAGACACGACCUAAUAGGAAGUUUGGUACGUAGAAUUCAAUGGAAUCGAAAAAAUCCAGAAAAUCCGUCAUCAUGACGGGGUUUUCUGGAAGUGUAACUUUGUACAUGGCCGUAUCUACACAUACAUUGAGAUAUCUCUUAGUUAUGAAUUUGCUUUCCUGAUAUGGACCUGUAGAAGCUUGCAUUUCAAUAAAGCUGGACGCGUCGAACGUUUACGAAAAAAGGUCAUUUUUUGAGAUUUUUUUCGUAAAAUUUGAAAUUUCGAAAAAAUCUCGACAGUGAUUGUCCCAUUAUGUACCAUACGCUACGAAACCAAAAAUCAAGUCGAUACCUAUAAAACGGAGCGAGAGACAGCGACUCAAAGUUUCGACUUUUCAUGACGUCAUAGGUCACUCAAAACGGAAAAUUUUGAAAAUUUUUUUCAAAUACUCAAAGAGAGCAUCUAAAAGAACCCCCAUGCCAAAAAUCAAGUCAAUCGGUGCAAAAGAAAAAAGAAACCCCAAACCUUAUGAAUAGAUAUAUUUUAGACUAGGGCUCGAGACUUCGCAGCCUGCGGCUGCUCACGUCUCUCGGGCAGCUCUGCGGACAAAGGCAACUUUGCGCCCGGUAUCGCUGCUUUUCGCGCGAUUUGGACCUGUUUAACGUCGAAAACAACAUAAACGCUCGCUAAAGCUUUGCCGACGGCCUCCGGCCGCGGCAGAAAAACGCUACGCGUUAGACUGAGCCUAGUAGAAAGUUGUAGCGUUUUUAAGACCAAAAAGUUAGGAUCGCUAAGCUUUCCCUAAUCGCUAAGCUCAGGUCAGUCCCAGAUCGCUAAGCCGGGUUAAAGAGCCCGCCGGCAUGAGGCGACGGCCUACGGCCGCCGCGAGACUACAUUUUGUUACCUAAAAUAAUCUUCCUUCCACCAAAACUUGAUCAGAAGCUCAUACAAUAAGGAAAAAUCAACUAAAAAACUCGAAAAAUAGAUUCAGCACUCAAAAUUAUCCAAAGCCAAUAUUUUUCCCGAAAUCCCCGUCAAAUUUGGCCCUAAAACGGCCAAAUCCCGAGAAUCCAGGACCAAAAAAAUAAUUUUACAAAGAUUUCUCGAAAAAAUCCAGAAAUCCCGUCAUUACGCGUCACGAUGACAGUUUCCGUACCACCCUCCUCACACUCAGCACUCUCUCCGUCUUAUCUCUGACCGGAAUCGAAAGAGAAAACCUUUGUCUAACCACCCUCCACCACUUUCCCACUCUCUCUUUUCUCCCGCCAAACGAAGAAGGAAACGGUUCUCUGCCCGCUCUCUCUCUUCCCCGCGCUCUUUUUUUGUGUUUUCGGCCAUGGAAGUGGGCGUUUUUUCAAAACUGGCACUUGUUGCACUAAAAGUGCCGGGGAAAAAGAUACGACUAUGUCCGAAUUGACAUGGAGAUUCCGAAUAUGUAACUUUUAGACGAAUUUUAGUUUGAAAUUUUUGAGAUUUGACGGUUUUAAAAAUUUUGAAUUUUUUGAGACCGCCGCUUCAAACACGAUAUCUGAUCAUAUCUUUGAAUGUCAUAUACGAAAUUCCGGCUACGGAAUGAUAAUUCAAUUAUCUAGUGCGUCCCAGGCGGGAUUUUUGAAUUUCGGCCUUGUUCCCGAGCUAUAGUAACUUUCGUCAAGGUAAGCAAAAUCCAAAAAUUCCGAAAUUCGAAUACUGCCUUUUCACCUUGUCCGUAUUUUAAGAACCGAUACAUGUUUCUAUAGCAGUUCAACGUGCUGAAUACGAUGGACGAAAUUAAAAUCCGAAAAAAUUCGAUUCCAAACCCUCAGGGCCGAAUUUUGGCCAAAAUUUCGAAAUUUUUUUUCGACCGCACGUUGCGCACGGAAUAUUGCAGGUAGAAAGCUGAAACUUGGCACGAUGGUAGUUCAUUUUGUGUCCUAUAGCACCCAUAUGAUCAAUUUGUUCAGCUCCGCUAAUUGCCCUGAGGGCAAUUUUUUUUGCACAGUGCACCAAAAAUCGACCGAAAUUUCCGGCCGCUCUGGCGGCCGUAAUUCGAGAGAUACGAACGUGGUGUAAGCGGGUAAAUUGUAGAGCUCUUCGAGCUCUACAAUCCAUUGUUGGCCACUUUUGAAGUUGUUGUUGCGGAACAUGACGAAAAAUUUGAUUUUCUGAAAAUUUCUAAAAUUUGAAAAAAAUGCGAUUUUCAAUAUAGAACUGGUUCUGGGAGAUGACGAUGACUACAGGUCCAAAAACAAUUGAGGACAAUCUUCGGGCAAAAAAAUUAAGAUUUGCGAGUGAUUUUUUUGAAUUUCGACCUGAGGGCCGAGAAUGAAUCUUUUGAAAUUUGCACUGUGCAAAUCGUAUUUUCUACAGUAAGCCAUGGCUAAAAUACGAAGUGCACUACCAAAAAGAAAGACACGACCUAAUAGGAAGUCGGGUACGUAGAAUUCAAUGGAAUCGAAAAAAUCCAGAAAAUCCGUCAUCAUGACGGGGUUUUCUGGAAGUGUAACUUUGUACAUGGCCGUAUCUACACAUACAUUGAGAUAUCUCUUAGUUAUGAAUUUGCUUUCCCGAUAUGGACCUGUAGAAGCUUGCAUUUCAAUAAAGCUGGACGCGUCGAACGUUUACGAAAAAAGGUCAUUUUUUGGGAUUUUUUUCGUAAAAUUUGAAAUUUCGAAAAAAUCUCGACAGUGAUUGUCCCAUUAUGUACCAUACGCUACGAAACCAAAAAUCAAGUCGAUACCUAUAAAACGGAGCGAGAGACAGCGACUCAAAGUUUCGACUUUUCAUGACGUCAUAGGUCACUCAAAACGGAAAAUUUUGAAAAUUUUUUUCAAAUACUCAAAGAGAGCAUCUAAAAGAACCCCCAUGCCAAAAAUCAAGUCAAUCGGUGCAAAAGAAAAAAGAAACCCCAAACCUUAUGAAUAGAUAUAUUUUAGAUUUGAUUUUUUGCUCAGAUUUCUGUUGGCCUAAAAUAAUUUUUUGAUCAUCGAAAUUUUUGAUUUUCAGUUUGAACUCCACAUCAGACCUGGUAAUGCUCCCAAUAAGCCGGUUAAAUUUGCAUAUCAUCCAUCUGGCUGCCAUCGAUGAACAGAUGGAUAAACCAUUGAUAGAGCAAUGCCAGGCCUGGCUCAAGAAGCGCGAAGGACCGGUUCAUGUGGAAUUGAGGUGGACAACGGGCGCAAAUUUGAUCCGAACUGUCCAUUCAAUCAUGCAAACGGAUUUCGGAGUGCAGUCAACUACGGUCCAAAAUAUCCCAAUGAAGGUAAGAAAGGGGUCGGAUUUUUGGAACUAGGUGAUUUUUUUGGGGUUUGGAAGUGACUUACAGUGGGGGAGCUGAUCCAGUGGCAAAAAAAGUAGCAUUUUGCAUCCGGGAAGUAUCAAAAAUGUGGCAAAAUGCUUCCCUCUCCGAGUGAAAAAACUCAGAUUUGAAAAGCGCGCCCGCUCUUUUGGUGAGGGAACCCUGAAGCAUUUUGCCACAUUUUUGAUGCUUCCGGGAUGCAAAAUGAUGCGCUUUUUAGCCACUGGAUCAGGUCCGGCACUUUAGAAGGUGAUUUCCUGCAGUUCUAAGGUCGACGAGACAAGAAUUUUGAGUUUUAACUGGAAAAAUUUGCAAGGAUUUGACUUUUUCUAUCCUACAAAAACAAAAAAAAAAUGGAUUUUAGAUUUUUGUUUUAUUUUUUAUUCAAUUUCAUUAUGAAAAAGUGUAGAAAAUUGAAUAUUAGGUCCCUGAGAAUUCCCUGAUUUCAUAAAACAGGCUCCGAAAAUUAAAAAAAUAUAUAUAUUUUUUAGGAGGAAUCAAACGCCACCAAGUCCACCAAUUACAAUGUGGAAAUGUUCCAUGCAAAUCAACCGCAUUCCUAUUUGCGGCAACUGCAUUUACUCGACGCUGACAGCCCCAUCACCAACGUUGAGAAUGAAUACAGUUCGACUUCGCUGAAAUGGUCGAGCGUGAACAAUCGAAUGGUUGCAAAUGAUGUAAGUUUAUAGCAUUUUUGGAUUUUUUUGAUGAUAAAAGAAGGGAGAGAAAAAAAUUUUCGCCAAUUUUAGGUGAUUUUUUUUUUGAUUUUUGUCUAGUACAAUAUAAAUUUUUGAGAGAAAUUUCUUUAUUUUGCCUUCAAAUAGCUUAUAAUUGUCUAUAAUGCAGAGAUUGUUUCUUUUUGGUCCAUCUCCGAUAUGUUUUUGAUAUCCAUUUUGCCUACUAUAAUAUAAUUUUACAAAUUUUUUUUUGCUCUUUGCAAGUUGGAUAGCUUAGAUACGGCUGGAUUCUACUUUUUUUGCUAUUUUUUGUACAUAAUUUUGCUUAUUUUAGGCCCCAUUAUACGAAAAUGGAGCAGCUGUGACGGUAGCCAAGGUCCGAGACCGGCCCGCGAUUUGUAUUUGCAACUUCAUUUUGAAUGGAAAAUUCGUUUUAUUGGAUAUGGACCCCGAUUCCAAAGUUUCGGAGCUGUCCCCAAACUUUCACAACUUGAAAAUCAGUCAUUUCUUCUCAUUGGAUCACACAACUGGAGCCAUGUUUUUGAAUGGAAUGAGGUUUGAUCCGAGCGGUAAGUUUGAGGAAAAUUUAUGAGUUGAGAGGCCUAUUAUUUUAUUUUAUAGAGGAUUUUAGCUUUAGUGUUUGCUUUGGUCGAUUUUUUGAGGAUUUAUUAUGUUACACUUGGCAUAUUGGCAAACUUUUUGUAAAUUUUUAAUUUUUUUUGCAAGAGUGCGGAAUUAUGAGGGCGAAAAGGUUUUUUUAUGGUGUGAUAGGGCUGAAAAAUGAUAAUUUUGUAGUCUAUUUUUGUGUGGAAGAUCCAGUUUGAAUCAGUUAUAUUAUACUUGACAGUUUGAUCUAAAAAUUUUUUUUUCUAAGCGUGUAAUUUGGGAAACUAAAGUGUUUAAAAAUCUACUGGGUUAUGGUAGAGCCAAAACGGUUGGUAGGCAAAAAAGUUUUCUGAUUUUUUAAAUAUUAUACACGAGAGGUUUAUCAUUUUUUGAUUUUUUGGAUGAUGAAUUUCAAAUUUGUUAAAGUUUUUGUCUGUAAUAAGGUAGUUGGCCCACUUGGACUGUUUUAUUAUAAUUUUCAUUAAUUAGGAAGUUAAAAAAAUCGAUUUUCAGCUUUCCCCCCUCUACCGGACCCAAUAAACGAUCGACUUCUCUUGUAUCCGCUGGUCAAACUCAUAGAAUUCAUGCGCUUGCAGCUGGACAUUAUCAAGUAUCCACUAAAAGCAACAGAAAAGAAGGCUAUUUUCGAUCAGACGAUGGAAUUGGCAAAGAAUUUUGGGCAAUAUUUACCGAUUCAUGACUCCGACUCGGUGUUUUAUCAGUCCGCAGAGUUUUUCCGUCCUCUUUUGGACGUGAUUAAUUCUAAUACAGUAACCCCCGAGGUACGUAGGGGAUUUUUAAAAGGGUUUUGAGGGAUUUUUGGGUAAUUUUUUGGAGGAUUUUUUUUUGAAAUUUUUGGGGAAAAAAAAAUUUUGAAUUUAAAAAAAAAUUUUUAUUAUUAGAUGAUCGCCGAAGCCAAGAGCUUCGUCUACCGAGCAGUGGGAGAUAAUUUGUCCACCUUGCCGUAUCCCCAGUCCACAUUAAUUACAUUGAACAUGACUCAAGAAGAAAGAGUAAAAGUAACAUUCGUGGAGGUCGCGAGAAUUCUCAAAAAUUAUUCCGCAAUCAGUCCCGAACACACCGAGUUCUACAACUUCUUCCUCGGCAUUACUGGACUGGACCUGAACGAAGAAUUCAGCAAACAACAGGCCCGACCGGACUCUCCGACUGUCCACCGAAGGUCGAGAAGUAAUUCGCCGGUCCCAACGAAGAGAUCCAAGAAACUGGAGAGAGGUGAGGGCAAAUUUCGAUAGGCAAAUUUUGGGCUGGAAUGAAAGAUGGUGGGAUUUAGGCUUCCUGGAAAUUGGACAGAGUGAAAUUGGACACAAAUAAUUUUGACAGAGCGCGGAAAUUGGACAGAGUUUUUUUCACUGCAAUUGUUUCUGUCCAAUUUCACUCUGUCCAAUUUCCACGAAGCCAUUUUUUGCAGUGAAAAAAAUUCUGUCGAGUUUCACUCUGUCCAAUUUCCACGCUCUGUCCAAAUUAUUUCUGUCCAAUUUCACUCUGUCCAAUUUCCACGAAGCCGGGAUUUAAAGUUAUGAAAAACUUUGUUGUUUGACAGGUUUAUGGUAAUAUUUAUUGGGAACUUCAAUAUCUCUGAUAGUGAUUUUCGGAAAUCUGGCAGAUUCCGGAAGCGGGAAGCGACGAUUGUUCAAGUACAAUUGGCGUAUUGUACAAUAAAAACCUUAAACUCGAAAUUUUUUUAACACGAGGAACGUCGUCAAUUAGGGAAAAAGACGAUUGGGGGAGUGGAUGAUUGGGAAAAAGACAAUUUGGGAAACUGAAAAGUUUUAUUUUUCUUCGAUGAAAGUGUCGAAAUUAAGAUAAUCGAGGGUGCUGAUUUUGAAAAUGAGAUUCAUUUUUUUUUGAUUGUUUCUUUUUUCUUUAGGUAGUACUGUAAAGUAGUCAUUUUUGGGAUUUUUCUCAUAAAUACUCGAUUUAGGGGUUUCCGGUAGUGCUGAUUCCGAAAAUCUGAUUUGAAAUCAGCACUAUCGAAAACCCCUGAAACGAUAAUUGUAAAAAAAGUCCAAAAAGUUACUACUUUACAGUACUACUUAUGAAAAAAAAGUGACCAUCAAAAAAUAUAAAUGUCAGUUUCAAAAUCAGCAACCUCGAUUGUCUUAAUUUCGACACUUUCAUCGAAGAAAAAUAAUACUUUUCAGUUUCCCCAAUUGUCUUUUUCCCAAUCGUCCACUUCCCCAAUCGUCUCUUUCCCUAAUUGACGACGUUCCAUUUCCUUGUGUUAAAAAACAUUCGGGUUUAAGGGUUUUAUUGUAAAAUACUCCAAUUGUACUUGAACAAUAGUCGCUCCCCCGCUUCUGGACUCUACCAGAUUUCCGAAAAUCGCUACAAGAGAUCGAAAAAUACCGUAAAUCUGUCAAAUAACGUUUUUCAUAACUUUAAGUCCCAACAUCUUUCAUUUCCUGCCCUAAAUUAUCGAAUCAAUAUCGCUUCCAGACGCCCUAACCCUCCACGAACUCUUCGCCGCCAAGGCCGAGGUCUGUUGGCGGGGUUGGAAGGACUUCGAAGGUCGCAUCAACGCCAAUUCAGCUCAAGCAAAGCUCUAUCCGAACCUGAAAACGGUCGAUUCCGAACCGAUUGGAGGCGUCAGACCAUCAGACAGAAGGAGAAACAAUGUGAUGGAACAAUGA